AUGCCCAUCAGUAAAUCCCUUCACAAGGUCUCAAAGAAGCUCUCGAAGCAGUCUUCCGGCUCUUUGCAUGUCAAAGGUAGAAAAUUCAAACAACUAAAUAGGGCCACUGAGCGUGACAUCAAGUUGAAGUUAAAGAAGCAUCGCUUUGCAGAACAGAAGAACCAUGAGCUUCUCUACUACUUGUUUGUUCAAGAGUACAUAAACGAAAUUCCAGACAAGUCUUCAUUCACAAUCGAUGAUAUGCGCCAUAUUAUCGAGACAUACAUCAACAGAAAUGACGAGGAACUCGAAGAGUUUGAGAAGGAAAGAAGACCAGGCAGACCUAUGACCAACAAGCACCAAAUCAAGGUCGAGAAGAAGAAGCACGAUGAACAUUUGUUUCAAACCGGGUACCGUAUUCCAGAUUUGACUGAUGUCUUGACUGUGACUCGUUUGAGAAACUGGAAUGGUACUAGUGGUUCUGCUUCAUCUUGGAAAUGGAAGUUGGUGAGCAAGAGUGAUGCCACCGAUGCUACUACCGCUGAAAACGAUACAGAAAUGAGUUAA